AUGUCGAGGAAGGCGGAGCUGCGGGAGGCCAGGGCCUCGACGCCGGCCCAGCAGCUAGGUAACCUUUCAAACUUGAGACACCUUGGACUCGGGUUCACACAGGAUAUACACACAUCAGAUAUCUCAUGGUUAAAUCGCCUGCAUUUCUUGGAAUAUAUUGACAUGAGUGGUAUAGAUCUCAGCACCGCUGAUGCGUUCCUUGUGGCGAACAAAAUUCCAUCUCUCAAGGCCCUCCUUCUUAUCAACUGCUCACUUCCAAAUGCAAACCUGACACUCCUCCACCUAAACCUCACAAAACUUGAGCAGCUUCAUCUCGCCAGAAACUAUUUGGGCCAUCCAAUUGAAACCUGCUGGUUUUGGAACAUAUCAAGCAUCAAAGACUUGGGCCUUGGUGAAACCUAUCUCUAUGGUCCAUUCCCUGGUGCGCUAGGAGGUAUGACAUCCCUCCAGCGCCUAGACUUUAGCAACAAUGGCAAUUCAGCCACAAUGGCGGUGGACUUGAAAAAUCUCUGUGAUUUGGAAGAACUAUCGCUCAAGGGUAGCCUCGCAUUUGGGAACAUAACAAAGUUUGUCAGGAAACUGCCACAAUGUUCAUCCAUCAAAUUAUUCUUCUUGAGCUUGCGUGACAACAAUAUGACAGGAAUUCUGCCAGAUAUGAUGGGGCACUUGAAUGGCUUAAGAUAUCUUUACCUUUCUAAUAACAGCAUUACUGGAGCUAUACCAUCUGGAUUAAGAAAUCUUACUAGCUUGGAAAGGAUCGAUCUCUGUUUGAACCAACUAACUGGCCAGAUACCAAUGUUACCAAGAAGCCUCAUUGGAGUGGGCAUUUCCAUGAACUGCUUGUCAGGGCCUUUGCCAUUAGAUUUUGGAGCACCGAAUCUUACAGAACUAAGUCUAUCCUCUAAUCACCUUACAGGUCAUGUUCCUAGAGCUAUUUGUCAGUUGCAAAACCUUGUUACACUGGACUUAUCCAGUAAUCUUCUUGAGGGAGAAUUUCCGUCGUGUUCUACGAUGCCAAACAUGGAAUUUCUAAUCUUAAGUAACAACAACUUCUCUGGAAAUUUCCCAUCUUGGCUUCAGAACAGCUCAAGUUUGGUUUUCCUUGAUCUUGCGGUGAACAAGUUCUAUGGAAUGUUACCCACGUGGAUUGGAGAAUUAGUGAACUUGCGAUUUCUGCAGCUAAACCAUAACAUGUUUUAUGGGGAUAUUCCAGUUAGCAUCACAAAUCUCAUACUACUUCAACACUUCAGUUUAGCUAGCAACAACAUAUCAGGAUCAAUUCCGUCACCCUUGUCAAAAUUAAUAGCAAUGACCCUAGAACAUCCACCGAGACUUGGGUCGGACAAGUAUGUUCAUGGAGACUCCAACAAGGAUAUUUUGUCUGUGGUGAUGAAGCAGCAAGAGCUUAAGUAUGGCACGUCUGCAGUUAACGAGAUGGUCGGCAUUGACUUGUCACUCAACCACUUAACUGGUGGAAUUCCAGAUGAGAUAACUUCUCUUAAUGGAUUGUUGAAUUUGAAUUUGUCAUGGAAUCACCUGGGAGGAAAAAUACCUAUGAAGAUUGGGGAUAUGAGAUCACUGGAAUCGCUCGACUUCUCAAGGAACAACCUUUCCGGUGAAAUCCCAACGAGCUUGUCAAAUUUAACAUAUCUAGGCUCCUUGGACUUGUCAUACGACCAUCUUGCAGGAAAAAUUCCGACAGGACGUCAACUUGACACUCUCUACACCGAGAACCCGUGCAUGUACAGUGGCAAUAUUGGUCUUUGUGGGCCUCCUCUUGAAAAGAAUUGCCCAGGCAACAAUGCGCCAAAGCAUGGUAAUCAGCAGCAGGGAAGUGGAAAUGGUUAUGAUCCAGUGCUGUUCUUCUACUUUGGGCUAGCGGCUGGCUUUGUGGCGGGACUCUGGGUUGUUUUGUGUGUCCUACUAUUCAAAAGAUCUUGGAGGAUUGCUUAUUUACGCUUCUACGACAAGCUGUAUGACAUUGUCUACGUGUUUGUUGUCGUUACUUGGGGGCAGGAUAACCAGUUAACCGGUGCGCUAAAUCAAGUAAGGCCGAUCUGA